AUGACGUUGCGUCAACUUGCUGAUGACGAGGAACGCAGAUACCCGCUUGCUGCUAAGGCGAUCAGAAAAUCGUUUUACAUCGAUGAUGUUCUCACUGGAGCAGAUUCUUUAGAUGACGCAAUUACGCUCAAGAACGAAAUAGUUGGUUUGCUGAAAAAGGGAGGCUUCGAUGCACACAAAUUUUGUUCUAAUUCCGAAGUACUACUAGCUACUGUUCCUGAAGAGCAGCGAGAAAGCCUCGUGGAUAUAACAGAUCCUGCGGUCAACAUGAUGAUGAAAACUUUGGGUAUUUUGUGGAAUCCUAAAGAAGAUUUUUUCACAUUCACCAUCCCGAAUAAUUCUUCGAAUACUCCGCUGACUAAACGAAUGAUUCUCAGUCAGAUUGCCAAGAUUUUUGAUCCUUUGGGAUUCGUGGGACCUGUAGUCACCACGGCAAAAUUAAUAAUGCGCGAACUGUGGGCCUUCAACCUGGAGUGGGACCAACCGGUGCCGCAGGAACUUGCAAAGUUGUGGAUUGAAUACCGACAGCAACUACAUUGUUUGAACAAUGUGAAGAUCAAUAGAUGGAUUUAUAGUGACGAAGCCAGUGCAUACCAGAUCUAUGGUUUUGCUGAUGCAUCAGACAUAGCAUUUGGCGCUUGUCUGUAUGCAAGGUCUGUACGAAACGAUGGAACAGCGAAAAUGACGUUGAUUUGCAGCAAAUCACGAAUCUUGCCGCAGAAAUCGAACAAGAAGAAGAAGAUUACAACCCCUCAAGCAGAGCUACAGGCAGCUCUAUUAUUAUCACAGCUUACCGUGAAGACGCUAGCAUCCCUUGAUACCGAUUUCAGCUCUGUGCAUCUGUGGUCGGAUUCGCAGAUUGUAUUAUGCUGGCUACAGAAACCACCUGAUUCGCUGACUGUGUUCGUCGGAAAUCGUGUACGACAAAUACAGCAGCUCACCGCCGACUAUUCUUGGAAGUACGUUCCUUCAAAGGAGAAUCCCGCAGAUCUGAUCUCGCGUGGGGUACCUCCAUCUGAACUUGGAAAACGAACGAUUUGGUGGAAUGGACCAUCAAUUUUUCUUAGUGAUAAUCCGAACAUCGAUCAACCAGCAUCUCUUCCAGAAGCGGACAUACCUGAGUUGAGACGAAGAGGACUUGUAACUGUACUAGGACCUUCGAGAUUGAAGAUUUUCGACCGAAUCAGUCGGUACCCGAUCAUACAACGUGCGAUGGCGUAUGUCAUUCGAUUUUGUGAUUACAUCCGAAGUUAUAGAACGACGUUGACCAAGGGACUGCCAACAGUAUCGGAAAUACGCAGAGCGUCAACUCUGAUUGUUCGGAUGGUGCAAAACGACGAUUUUCAUCGAGAAUUGCAGAUGUUGAAGGACGACAAGGAAGGCAAGGUAUCUUUUCAAAACCUCAACCCUUUCAUUGAUCCAAAUGAUGUGAUACUGCGAGUUGGUGGAAGACUGAAGCACGCAGUUUUACCGUACGAACACAAACACCAAGCCUUGCUUCCCGAGACUCAUCCAUUCACAGUGACGUUGAUCAGGCAUCUGCAUUGCACUAAUAUGCAUCUUGGCCAACGUAGCUUAUUAGGAGUUGUACGACAACAGUAUUGGCCGCUCAAGGCUAAAAACGUCAUUCGAAAGAUACUACAUCACUGCAUACCGUGCUUUCGAAUGAAACCCAAGAAGUCUACGCAAUUGAUGGGAGAUCUACCGGACUAUCGGGUUCAGCCUUCACCAGUGUUUUCACAUUCAGGCUUGGACUUUGCAGGACCUUUCAAGUUACGGCUGAGUGCCAACACAAGAAAUCCGACAACCACCAAGGGGUACGUUUGUCUAUUCGUCUGCAUGGCAACCCGUGCUGUGCACCUAGAAGCGGUAUCCGAUUUAUCUACUGAAACAUUCAUGGCCGCACUCCAACGAUUCGUCAGUCGCCGUGGGCUGCCGCAGAAGCUGUAUUCCGACAACGCGACUAACUUUGAAGGAGCUAACAACGAGAUGAGUCGACUAGCAGAACUAUUUCGAAACGAGCAGCAUCUGCGAACGCUGAUUGACUACUGUGCAUCGAAACAAAUUGAGUGGUCUUUCAUUCCUCCACGUAGUCCGCACUUCGGCGGCAUAUGGGAAGCAGGAGUCAAAUCAGUAAAAUCGCAUCUGAAGCUAGUUCUUGCAGAACACAAAUUAACGUACGAAGCACUCGCUACCGUUUUGGCACAAGUGGAAGCAAUUUUAAACUCCCGGCCUCUCACUCCUGCUUCUGACGACCCGAACGACAUGACAGCGAUAACACCUGCUCACUUCAUUAUAGGGAGAGAAUUUCAAGCAAUUUUGGAACCUUCGUAUGUCAACAUUCCUCAAGGCAGAUUGUCUCGUUGGCAAUUCGUCCAGGAUUUAAAACAGAAAUUCUGGAAAAUGUGGAUGAAAGACUACCUUCAGGAACUCCAGAAACGUCAACGUGAUUUGAAGGUGACCGAAUUUAAAAUUGGAGCGUUAGUAGUUAUUGUCGACGAGAACGUACCGCCACUGAAAUGGGUACUAGCCCGCAUAAUCGAACUACAUCCAGGACGUGACGGACACACACGUGUGGUAUCUUUGCAAACGGGAAGCGGUGUCACCAAGAGAGCCGUGAAGAAAAUCUGCGUAUUGCCACUCGACAACGAAGAAGGUACACCUGAUGGUUAA